GCAUUUCUCUGUUUUCAUGUCUUUCAAAGGACAUAUACUUGUUUCAAAAUGAGGCUGGGGAAGAAUAUGCUUCUAAAACUCUUUAGUAUAAAACCAGCUUUUUAUUGUAAAUGCUUGUCAUAUAUAUUUACAUUGCAUGAAAGGUCUUAAAAAGGUUGAAGUCUGAUACAAGUGCUGACUGCCGAUAGGAGUCUGCCAAUCUGUAUUGUGGUUUGUACUUAGACGUUCUUAUUGUUGAAAAAAUGACAGUUGGAAAGAUGAUGACAAGUGUCUUCUAAGUUGCUUUUUUUUUUUAAUGAGUGUUUUGGAUGGCAUGGUUAGCUUUUUGUAAAUUUAAAGUGUGUAUGAAUUCCUUAGCAUGAGACAAUGUCUACAUGUCUAUACUUUAAAAUGUUAAGUCGCUAAGCCUUGUACAGCUCUUUUGCGACCCCAUAGCCUGUAGCCCACCAGUCUCCUCUGUCCAUGGAAUUUCCCAGGCAAGAAUACCAGAGUGGGUUGCCAUUUCCUUCUUCAGGGGAUCUUUCCAACCCGUUUCUCUUGUGUCGCCUUCAUUGCAGGCAGAUUCCUUACCACUGAGCUACCAGGGAAGAACAUGUUAACAGUGUUUUUUUCUGGAUGAAUAGAUUCUAAGUGAUUUAAUUAUUUUUUCUUCUGAGUUUACUACAGUGACAUAUAUUAAUUUUAUCUGCAGUUUUUUUAAGUGAGGAAGAGGACUUGAGUGAAAAAUUGUAUGUUCAGAAUCUUCCCAUUAAAAGAGGAGGACUAGUGAGCAAAUGUGUGUAUGACAUCCUUAGGUAAAAAGCCAGAGUUCAUCAGGGCAGUUAUACACACAAAAGGCACAUAAAAGCAUUUGCUGAAAUGAAGGGUGGUUAGCAUUUUUGGUCUUGAGUGGGCAUUUUACCAUCUUGCUUAAAGGAGGCCCUGUAAACUUUUGGAUAUUGUUCAGCCCUAGGUAGGACUCAAACAUUUCCUGAUCAAGGUAAUCCUGUUGUUUUCACCUGACAGUCUGAAUCCAAGCCAGCUUGCAACAUUAAUUCUAAUGCCAUGCUUGGUUUCCUUGCUUUUUUGAAAGAGUUUGAAGUGUUUGAAAUGCUUGGCUGAGAGUUUUCAGUGUUCUGUCUGAUAAGUGUAAAACAUUUAGAACAUGAAGCAUAAAGCUUUCAGCUGUGUAAAUUCUGUACAAAAGAAGUAUUAGAAAUAAGUCUUAAGAUUUUAGUUUAUUACAUAAAUAUGAAAACAGUUGUUUAUUUUUUUUAAUACACUUGAUGGGGUGAGUUCAGGGAAUGCUAAUUUGCAUUGUUAGAUGAGGCAUUAUACAUGUUGACAUCAUUUCUGCAAAUAUAAUGGUUGUCAGUUUCUUUGAGUGAUUCCCUCACCCUCCUCCCAGUUGGUGGCUGACUAAGGACUGGGAGCAAGAUGUAACUUGCUGGUGACAGUGAUUAGAAAUGAAGAUUUAAUCACACAAUUGUAAACCCAGAAGUCAGAAGACACACUGUUUCAUUGCUGGCUCUUCUACUUAGUUGACUUCACUUUCAAUGAAUUUGUUUCCUCCUCAGUAAAAUUGGAGUAGAUUUGAUAGUAGCCCUUCUAUCUACCUCACAGGAUCGUUGUGAAAAUCAAAUAAAGAAAAUUCGCAGUAAAUUCAGCAGCAUUUUAAGUGUAUGAUUACAUUAUGUAUAGUGCUGAUGAUUUGUUACUAUUUAGUAGGUAAGUUGUGUCCGACUCUUGUGACCCCAUGAGCUGUGUAUUUCCAACAUUCUCCUCUGUCCAUGGUAUUUCCCACGCAGGAAUUCUGGAGUGGGUAGCUGUUUCCUUCUUCAGAGGCUCUUCCCAACCCAGGGAUCAAACCUGAGUCUACUGCAUUGGGAGGCGGUUUCUUUACCACUUCCUCCUAGGAAGCCCAGUAUUGAUAUACCCAGCACUUAAUAAAGCAGCAAAAAUAGGGAUCUUCCUGACCCAGGGUCCCAACCUGUAUCUCUUGCCUCUUCUACAGUGCAAACAGAUUCUUUACCAUUGAGCCACCUGGCAUAUUUCACCAUCCGUGAAAACUUCCCUGUAAUUCAGUUUUCCUCACUCCAGUAUUAAGAAUUACACCAAAUUAAAAAGAUAUGAAUGAGUAUCCUAAAAAAAGAAAAAGGAAGACUUUACAUCCUUCUCGUUAUUCAGAUUCCUCUGGAAUAAGCAGAAUUGCAGAUGGAUUCAAUGGAAUUUUUUCUGAUCAUUGUUACAGUGUUUGUUCUAUGAGACAACCAGACUUAAAAUAUUUUGACAACAAAGAUGAUGAUUCUGAUACAGAGACAUCAAAUGAAUUGCCAAAAUUUACAGAUGGAAUCAAAGCCAGAAACAGAAAUCAAAACUACUUGGUUCCCAGUCCUGUACUUAGAAUUCUAGACCACACUGCCUUUCCUGCAGAAAAAUCUGCUGAUGUUGAAAUUUGUGAUGAAGACUGUGACUCCCCUGAAUCAGUCCACCAGCAAACCCAGGAGGAGAGCCCCAUAGAAGUUCACACUGCUGAAGAUGUUCCAAUUGCCGCAGAAGUGCAUGCAAUUUCUGAAGACUAUGAUAUAGAGACAGAAAACAAUUCCUCUGAGAGUCUCCAAGACCAAACUGAUGAAGAGCCACCAGCUAAACUUUGCAAAAUUGUUGACAAGAGCCAAGCUUUGAAUGUGACUGCCCAGCAGAAAUGGCCUUUACUGAGAGCUAAUAGCAGUGGCCUCUAUAAAUGUGAACUUUGUGAGUUCAACAGCAAAUAUUUUUCUGAUUUAAAGCAGCAUAUGAUCUUGAAGCACAAGCGUACUGAUUCAAACGUGUGUCGAGUAUGCAAAGAGAGUUUCUCUACCAACAUGCUUCUGAUCGAACAUGCCAAACUCCAUGAAGAGGACCCCUACAUAUGUAAAUACUGUGAUUAUAAGACUGUAAUUUUUGAGAACCUCAGCCAGCACAUUGCAGACACCCAUUUUAGUGAUCACCUUUAUUGGUGUGAGCAAUGUGACGUUCAGUUCUCCUCGAGCAGUGAACUCUACCUACAUUUCCAGGAGCACAGCUGCGAUGAACAGUACUUGUGUCAGUUCUGUGAACAUGAAACGAAUGAUCCAGAAGACUUGCAUAGCCAUGUGGUAAAUGAGCAUGCAUGUAAAUUAAUAGAGUUAAGUGAUAAGUAUAACAAUGGAGAACAUGGACAGUAUAGCCUCUUAAGCAAAAUCACAUUUGACAAAUGUAAAAACUUCUUUGUUUGUCAAGUAUGUGGGUUUCGGAGUAGACUUCAUACAAAUGUUAACAGACAUGUUGCUAUUGAACAUACUAAAAUUUUUCCUCAUGUUUGUGAUGACUGUGGGAAAGGCUUCUCAAGUAUGCUAGAAUAUUGCAAACAUUUAAAUUCACAUUUAUCUGAAGGGAUUUAUUUAUGUCAGUACUGUGAAUAUUCAACAGGACAGAUUGAAGAUCUUAAAAUUCAUCUAGAUUUCAAGCAUUCGGCUGAUUUACCUCAUAAAUGUAGUGACUGCCUGAUGAGGUUUGGAAAUGAAAGGGAAUUAAUAAGUCACCUUCCAGUCCAUGAAACAACUUGAUUAUUCUCUUUAACUUCCAUAAUGUUGAUAUGAAAUAAUAAAUUCAACUAUUUUGAAAAUGUUAAAAUGAUUUUAAACACAACUUGUGAGAAUUGUCUUGAACAAGAUCUUUUUAAUUGCCAAUUUUCUUGGUAUUGCUGCCUUUUCAGUAUAUAUUUGUAUCCUAAAUGUGGUAUUUUCAAUGCAUUCGUAGUUUUAACCACUUUUGGUGACUGUCAUCGUGUUUCUUGCAUGUGCUCUGAUUUUGUUGAUAGGAAACAUACACUAAAGAAACUAUAGUUUUCCUUCCAUAAAUACAGGUGUUACAAACUUUUUGUUCUUUAAACUCAAAAUAAGAUCAAUCUUUCAUGGAUGAAGUCAUUAAAGUACUGCACUUCCAGAGCUAAAGUGCUACAUAAUGCACAGUUAAGUCCACUGAUACUCCCGUUAACAAGAGCCAGACCCUGCGUUUGCAUUCCCCAGUAGUUCCUAUCCCCAAGACAGUGGACUCUCCAUCUGUGUGAGUCUUUCAGUGACACUAGGAGCCCUGUGUUACGGUAAGAGGGAAAGAUGUGAUUUUCUUGGCAAUCCUUUUUUUUUUUUUGUAAUCCUUAUUUUAGCCCCUCUCCAUGUGUUAAAUAAUCGUAGAUGGGGAGGAACUGAUAAAGGGGUUAAACGAUAAAGGACAUUUCAUAACUCAUUUAUAAAUGAAAUAGGUCAUUUAUAAUCUGUUCAUAUUUCAUUUUCAGUUAUGCAAUUGCAAAGUCAUGCCUGAACUUCUGAUACCAAAUCAUUUGUUUUCUGAGAAAACCCACUGAAGUAUUAGAAAUAGGAAGGUAUGAGAGGUUGGGGUUGCUGUUACGAGAAGGUAUAAAUUACUUUUGAUAAUGGUAAAUCAAUCUUAGCAUCUGUAUUUUCUGUGGCUGCCAUAACAAAUUAUCACAAACUGAGUGGCUUAAAAAGUAGAAGUUUAUUGUCUCACAGUUGUAGAGGCUAGAAAUUCAAAAUUGAAAUGUUAGCAUAGUUGGUUCCUUCCAAGAGCUGUAAAGGAAGAAUCUGUUCUCGGCUACUCUCCUUGACUUAUAUGUGGUCAUCUUCAUGUCCACAUGGUCUCCCUGUGCCCAAGUCUGUCUCCUUUUUACAAGAUAUCAAGCAGUCAUUGGAUUAAGGCCUGCCUUGCCAAGCUCAUUUUAACCUAAUAAAGACACUAUCCCCAAA